GGCAACCCACCCUUUCUUUUCCGACGACGUGCCUCUUCAAGCAGCAGUUCUUCUCGUUCUCUCGGUAAAAGACAAAGAAACAUGUCCGACGAAGGGAAACUUUUCGUCGGCGGCCUGAGCUUCGACACAACAGAGCAGUCUCUUGCAGAAGCAUUCUCCAAAUAUGGAAACAUCGCUAAAUGUGAUGUUAUCAUGGACAGAGAAACGGGAAGACCCCGUGGAUUCGGCUUUGUGAAGUACGACAAUGCCGAUGAUGCGAAAGACGCUAUGGAGGCCAUGAACGGCCAGUCUCUCGAUGGAAGAACCAUCCGCGUAAAUGAGGCAGGCCAGGGUGGCGGUCGCGGCGGUGGUGGAGGCGGUGGAUACAGAGGUUCCAGAGGAGGUGGAGGAUACGGUGGCGGCGGAGGAUACAGCAGUGGUGGUGGUGGAUAUGGUGGAGGAGGCCGCAGCUAUGGCGGUGGCGAAGACAGAGGAUACGGAGGUGGUGGCGGAUACAGAAGUGGAGGCCGAGGCGGCGGUGGUGGAUACUCCGGUGGAUAUUAAGGCCCACUGAGGUUUCGAGACCUAUUGAGGGUCCUACACGGACAGCUAUGCUGCACACACGAGUACAACUCAUUCCUUGGCUGGCUGUAUUUAAAAAGAUGCGCUCCUCAAGAAAUAUGUCCACUUGUUGUAGACCGGUUGACUUUUGUAGUCCUAUUCUGUGUUGCGUAGCUAGCUAACUCGAGCGUCUUUACACUUAGCCACGUGUGUCGGCCAUUCAUUUACAAACCAUGUGAAAAGUUCCUGCUCAUGUUUUCUUGCCGAUUAACAUUCCACCUGGUAGCGAUGUUGUACCCUUAUCCUGUACGAUUUUCAAACUGUUCUUUAUUUGUAUCAACAUUGAACUAUUUUUGUUGUCAAUUUUUUUGCUUCAUGGAGCCUAUUAAAACGAUUU